AUGUCUUCCGAACACCCUGUGCGUCAGAUCGUCAUUAUCGGAGGAGGAAUCAUAGGCUGUACGACGGCGUACUAUCUGUGUUCGCACCCCGCCUUCGCCACGUCUGGGACGAAGGUUACGCUACUUGAGGCCUCUGUCUACGGUGCUGCGCAAGGGGCUUCGGGGAAGGCAGGUGGUCUCGUCGCGAAGUGGGCGUACCCGAAGGAGCUCGUCAACGUCUCAUUCCCGGAGCACGUCCGCCUCGCGCAGGAGCAUAACGGCACACAGCGCUGGGGCUGGCGGUUCGUUGGGUGCGGAAGCUGGGAGGGACGUGGAGAGCUGGCCAGAGAGGACACCGGCACGGGCGUGGGCAAGGGCGGCGAGCGCAAGAGCCUCGAGAAGACGAACGGGCUCGACGCAAGCACUCCCGCGAAGACGCAAGCACCGACGGGCCUACCGGACGACCUGACGUGGGUCAAGGCGGAGCUGACGGACGCGUACUCACCGAUGGCGCCGGCGGGCGCGACGGCGCAGGUGCAUCCGCGCCUGUUCACCACG